AUGCGGCCCUCGAUGAUUCGACCCCUGACGCGGGCGCGUUUGGCCUCUCGAAAAUUUUCACCUGCGGCCUUCACGCCAGCCAGAUCCUUAUUCCAUAAAACUGCUGUACUCAGAGACGGCCUUUGGACCUCUCCAAAGAGAAAAAGCAAUGAGCCUUACCACCAUCUAGAAGCCGUCAAAAGUCCAAUCAGUGCCGCCCACAUCGAGGCGCAGGAUCUAGUAGUCGUUGAUCGUAUUCUAGAGCCUCAAACGGUCGCGAAUUUUGUUGGGUUUCUCAUGGGAAAUCCGCUUCCCGAUGGCACUCGUCCCUCAUCAAUCGCUACUCUACCGUUAGAGGAGUUUGCUCUGAUACAAGGCAGCGAGCAGGUACUCGGCGCUGAUAGCAUGUCUUUCUUCCACCGUGUAAUGCUUUAUGUCGGUUCCAACGAGGACGGCAGUCGACUCUGCGAUGUUGGCAAGAAUAUCCAGUCUCUCAAAUCUCGCCUUUGGUCAGGCAUCACCCCCCUGAGUGAUCAAAGAUGGAAAGAGAAAGGUCUCCAUCUGCCGGAAAAUUUCGACCAAGCCUGCCAGAACCUCGGAGCUGUGGUCUCGGUGUUCGAGUACCUGAACGUCCCAGAGGUUCAAAACAAUCUUCGCGAGACUUUCAAUCUCAUUUACGAUACUUGGAGCGAUCUAGACGUCGUUAUUAAUCAGCGCAGAGCUCAAACGAGCGCAGAGCCUCUCAGUGUCGCUGAUCUCUGGACUUUGUACAUGUCGGUCCAUCUAGAGGUCAUGACCCAACGGGCGCAUAAAUGGGUCACACAGCAUGUCGAUACCUUGCGAGCUCCAUUUAUGCAAGAAUUAUUAGCCUAUCAGCCUCAGGGCCAAGAGGGGUAUAAACUAGAUACAAAGCAGUGGCAGUUGGCUGAUGCGCUCCACGUCCUGCUAGAAACUUCCGUUCAGGCGGACCAUACGAUCAUGAUUCCGAUGGAGGGCUAUAAAGGGUAUGAGGCUCCAGACAACAAAGUUGGACCGCCAGAAAUGCACUCUGCCAAACAUGAGGAGCGGAGAGCGGCGUAUUCCCAGCGUGUGAAAGAUCUCAGCCACAAAAUUCUUAUGGACAGAUUUUUUGAGAGGGUUGCUAAAGGUGAAAAGCCCAGGCAGCUUACUGUCUCGAAAGAAAUCUACGAGUUUGCUACAGAACAAGUUGAUGCUCAGAGGGAAAUUAGAAGAGAGCUUCGUGGUAGUUCACUCGAUUCCACUGUGCAGGAGCCGUGGAUAACGUCCAAAUGGGAUAAGCUCAAAUAUUUGGAAAAUAAUGAUUUACCAAAGGACUCUGGACUCGCCAUCUAUCAUGGGAAGGAAUUGGGCUUGGCACAAGAUGACAUUGAAGCAGCAAAACAGCAUUUUAAUGAGGUGUUGAGUGACUCCAAGGGCCCCGAUGCGCCUCCCCUAGAUCUACAACCUAAAGCAAUUCUUGCCAUUGACUCGGCCUCUUUUGCGUCUUAUAUGAGCAACUCGCAUGAUGCUACAAGAUCCUCUGUGCUUCCAGGUGAUUCAACAGGCUUCGUUGUCGCUAUUGACCCCGAAUUUGAUCCCGAGAUUGGAUUUGAUAGACCGGAUGAAUCCCCUGAUUACAAGGGUCAGAUGCGUGUUCUCGGAAGUCUAGUCUGGGGCGACUUGUAUGCUAUACUGGAGUCGCAAUCCGCGGGACUCGGAGAGCUGUGGCCUCUGGCUAUGCACCAUCCAGAUCAGAUUUACGUCGGCCCAGUUAUCCCAAUACAAAGAUUCCACUGGCAGGCCCAGAAAGACGGUCAAUGGAAAGUGAUAUCUGAGGCAAUGAACUAUCUAGGGAAAUCCUUGAAGUGA